AUGUUUCCAGCUCGUCUGCCUGUUCCUGUCAUCAGCAGUAUCUCUUCACAAUGUUCAUCAUCAUCAUCAUCAUCAUCAUAUUGUUCAUUGGUGUGUUCAGUGGUGAAUGUGAGUCAUGUGACUCUCUCCUGGUACAAAGGAAACAGUUUAUUGUCCAGCAUCAGUGUGUCUGAUCUCAGCAUCAGUCUCUCUCUACCUCUGGAGGUGGAAUAUCAGGAUAAAAACAGCUACAGCUGUGUGCUCAACAAUCCCAUCAGCAACCAGACCACACAUCUGGACAUCAGUGAACUCUGUCAGCCAUGUGCAGCACAAGGACUGUCUAUAGGUGCUAUAGUGGGGAUAUGUGUUGGUCUCCUCCUGCUGGUAGCUGUGGUUGCUGUGGUUUACUGUUGCUACAAAAAAUUUGCAAAAGCAAAAGAAAAUGAUCAGACACCUAGGCAACAAGCUAUUCAACUAAACAAUGGUAAGAUUUACAUGUCUUCUGCAGAUAAGGACAUUCCUGAUCAGGAGAAAGAUUUACCAGAUGGUCAGGAAGAAGGUGAUCCACUUAUUGAUGGUCAAGUUCUUGGGGAAGAAGCUAAUAACCCAAAUAAUGAUAAGGAAAUUCCUGAUCAGGAGAAAGAUUUACCAAAUGGUCAGGAAGAAUGUGAUCCACUUCAGGAUAUGUUUCAUUCUGAACCAGAUCAAGUGAAGAAAAUAAAAGUAAAACAAGGAGAAACUGUCACUCUAAAAAGUGGUGUUACUGACAUUCAGAGAGAUGAUCGGCUACGGUGGAAAUAUGCUGAUUCCAGAGUAUCUGAAUCCACAACCUUAUAUAGUGUCAUCGCUGUAUGCGAUAAAAGGAGCGAUAGGCUCUUAGUAAAGGAAGGUCCUGGAGGGAAAUUCAAAGACAGACUACAGCUGGACCAUCAGACUGGAAAUCUCACGAUCAAGAACAUGAGAGUCAAAGACACUGGGCAAUUUAAGGUUGAGAUCAAGAGCAACACCAAUCCACUUACAAAAACAAUCAAAGUCAAUGUCCGUGCUCCCACAAAAAUGGAAUGGGAUGAUCCAAAUGACAAAAUUUUGUCCUUGAUACCAGAAGAGGACCCCAACAACACUACUACAUAUACUGUGGAGCCGAGGGACACAGAUGAGGAAUUGUCAUAGUCAUAAAUGGUGGGGAACGGAGACACAAGGUCACAUGACAAUGCCAAUAUGGUGGAUGUAGUAAAUAUGGAUUGUAUUCAUGCUAUACACAUGCAUACUCAAAGACCAUACUUUUUAAAUGGUUGAGAAGAUAUUCAUCAAGUGCAGUAUGUAUUCUGACAGUAUGCAAAAACAGGCGCACAUUAUGUGUUAAGGAGCUAAAGGUUUUCUUUGGCAUUACU